AAUUAUCGCAAGUAUCUAGUUUAAAAUGAGCAGUAAACUUUCUAAAUCGAUGGAGUCUUCGAGUGACGCUGUAGAUGCAGCUAUUGCUCGGGUAGCAGAACUUUUGAGGUCUCCGGACGAUUUAGUCAAAACAAGCCUUUUACGUAAGAGAUUGGUGAUAGAAAAAGCAACGAUUGACGCUCAGCUUAAAACUGGCGUAAAAGCACAGUUAGAUACUACACAAGAUGGAAUUGACACGUUAACUUCUUCCAGAAAACAAAUGGCCAUAAUCAAGGAUAACAUGCAAGCCAUAGAUCGUUUAUGUUCGGAAGCACAAAAUAUGAUCCAACACUUUCCAAGGAUCAAUAAGAUUUCUCAAAUUCACCGUAAUUUUGUCGCGACCCGAGAUACUGUUCAACGAUUGAAAGAAAUGUAUUUGACAGUCGAUCAAAUUCAAAAUAUGAUAGACAAU